CGCAAAAGGAUAUGGGUGUCUUUGUAUUAAAUUGCUAAUCAUCACUUGGUGUCUGACAGUUUGUUAGUGCUAAACUAGGCCUAUGAAAGAUUUUUUACCUUAAUAUUGAAAGAUGAUAAUACAGGUAUUUCAGAUGUGUUUCUUCUUCACAUUUAUUAUGAUGACAAGUUCAGCGACCCUUGGUCAUACUUACAAUAAAUACAGAGAUCCUGCUGGAAGCUUUUCAACAGUGUUAUUGGAUGUUUAUAGUAAUAAUGUAUUAAUAGGUGGUGUGAACAAAGUGUAUAAACUUAAUAGUGACUUAGAGUUGUUAGUACAAGGAUCCAUAGGACCAAAGUUGGACCAUCCUGAUUGCCAGGCCCCACCACCAGCUGAUUGUGCCCAAGAAAGAACCAUAAGGAGUAAUUUAAACAAUCUUCUCCAAAUAUAUGAUGAUAAAAUAAUAUCAUGUGGAACAGUUUAUCAAGGCAGUUGCGAGUUUUUGUAUCGCUCAAAUUUGACAUCGAUAGCGCAGGAAAUCGUGCCCGUAAUAAACACUGAAGGCAAAAGUGUAUCAAUUGUUUCUUUAGAUGCUGAACCAAAGUUGUUUAUUGGAACAUCACCAUUAAGUGAGCCAGACCUACCAGCAUAUGCCAUUCGCUCUCCUUUGAAUUUUGAGGUAUACAAAAAACAAUUAGUAACAAAGGCUCAGAAGAAGGCAACUGAUGAUGCAAUAAAAGGUGGAUUUGUAAUUGAUUUUAUCCAUGCUUUUGUAAGCAACGGUAUCAACUACUUUGUCAUGGUGUAUGAUGAGAAAUAUGGUGAAACUACGCACAAAUAUCAAACGUACAUUGCGCACCACUGUCAAUCUGACCUAUCUUAUCUUUCGUAUAUUGAGCUACCAUUAGUGUGCCGCCACAAUGGACAGAGUUACACGCUAGCCCAGUCAGCUUAUCUCGCUAAAAGAGUUCCAUCACAACCAAAUUCAUCGGAGCUUGUACUCGUUGUAACAUUCGGAAUGUCUGAGAAUGCGGCAAGCUUAUUACCAGAAAGAAAAUCGGCAGUUUGUAUGUACUCUCUGACGGACACAAUUGAGUAUUCAUUUUUAGAGGCAUAUAAAGCUUGUGCUCGGGGAAAUACCACGUUUAAAACAAUCAAGUGGGCAGGUGAUAGUCAAAACACGUGCACUAUCAAUUCACAUUGGAGUAAUUACCUACAGUCAGAGCAGGUACCCUCCUGCCAUGACCUGGAACAAAUUCCUGAUCUUGGAGGGAAUGCUCCAAUCACAGCCGAUGCCAUAUACCAGGAAGAUAAUAACCUUUUCACUUCGGUCAUAUUUCAAUAUAUUGACGAGGUAGAAGAAAAUGUAAUAUUCCUUGGCGAUGAUGGGGGAAGUCUCACAAAGCGUGGUAGUAGCAACUGCGCUCAACAGAGGGCGCUACAUAGGAUAUCACGUUUCUCAUUUUCUUUAAGAGAUCUCUAA